AUGCACGCGGUGCCCAAGGAUGAUGCCGAGGCACCGCUUUCGAAUACCGAAAGCCGCGGCCGCGUGGCGUUGAUUGACACCUCCGGCUACGCCUCCGACAUGAACAUCUCCGCCUUUGUGCCCCAGCACGCAAUGAAGCCGUAUCGUGUGCUUGCGGCAAUGGAGAUUGUGCGCAGCCUCAAGAUUGAUGCUCACUGCCGCACUGUCGUGCCGCCUCUAGUGAAGGUUGAGGAGCUGAUGGCAUACCAUACCGACACCUACCUCGCGAACCUAGGCCUGCACAGCUGCCGCAGCUGGCUGUGGAAUGCGGAGACCUCGAAAGUUUUCUUCUCUGGAGACUGUCCCCCGGUCGAGGGGCUGAUGGAGCACUCCAUCGCUACAGCCAGUGGGACGCUGAUGGGAGCGGUACUACUCAACAGCGGCCAGGUCGAUGUGGCGGUGCACUGGGGUGGUGGAAUGCAUCACUCGAAGUGUGGCGAGUGCUCCGGGUUCUGUUACGUGAAUGACAUCGUGCUCGGUAUUCUCGAGCUUCUGAAGUGCCAUGACCGGGUGCUGUACGUCGACAUUGAUAUGCACCACGGCGACGGUGUGGAUGAGGCUUUCUGCACGAGCGAUCGCGUCUUCACACUCUCACUGCACAAGUUCGGUGAGAGCUUCUUCCCUGGCACGGGGCACCCGCGCGACGUCGGCUACGGUCGUGGACGCUACUACAGCAUGAAUCUGGCUGUAUGGGACGGCAUCACCGACUUCUACUACCUUGGCAUAUUUGAACAUGCGCUGCACUCCAUUGUGCGGCGCUACUCACCAGAUGCAAUUGUGCUCCAGUGCGGCGCCGACUCGCUCGCCGGCGAUCGCCUCGGCUUGCUUAACUUGUCGUCCUUCGGUCAUGGGCAGUGCGUGCAGGCGGUGCGUGAUCUCGGUAUUCCGAUGCUGGCGCUCGGUGGCGGCGGCUACACGAUCCGCAACGUCGCAAAGCUGUGGGCGUAUGAGACCAGUAUCUUGACUGGUCACCCACUGCCGCCGAACACGGUGCUCCCGGUUGCUGAGAUGCCGCUGAGCGGGUGGCUCUUUCAGGACUCGCCGCUGCUGAUUGUCGCGCAGGACCGCAGCAAUCACGUUUUACCAGGGCUUCACUGCCAGCGUGCGUACCAGAUGAUGACGGAGCAAAUCGACCGCCACGUGCCGCACAUUCAACCGCAUCCACGGCUGCAAAAGGCGUUCACCGCAGCAGAAGCAGCGGACAAGCAGGUGGAGGACGGCACGACAGCCGUCGAGGAUUUCAAGUGA